AUGCUCACAGUUCCUCAUCAUCCUUUGAGGUCUCACCGAUCACACCUUUCCCCCCCCUCUACGGCUUUGGCCAACACCACGUAUCCUUCCCGCCGAUCGGGCCUCGAGUCACUUCGUUCCGCAUCGUCAACACACUUACCGUCUGGCGGUCAAACCGAUGACCUGAAUGGGCGAGACUCGCCCGAUCCUGAUGACUUUUAUCGACAAACAGGACCUUUGUCAGCACCACUCAAAGCGGGUUUUGGUGAUGUGUUAGGCGCAAGGCACAAUAUGGCCACGGCUCCUUCCCUAAAUGACAGAGUCUCGGCGAGUCCUGCAAACGCUUUAACAUUAGACCCUGUGCGCACCAGACGCCCAAUUCCUCCUCGUUCGGUAUCGGAUUCACCAGGAGCUGGUUCUCUAUCAGUCCGUCCUUCUAUGAGAUCUCGAACUCGACAACCUUCCUUUAAAGAACUCGUCAAUAAGUUCAAUAACAAUUCCGACGAAGUCCUUCCUCUACCCGCCGUAUCUCGUUCCACAUCACGCACUGCAAGUCCAACAGGUAGUGAUCACGGUUCAGAUCUCUCCAAUCCUCUGUACAGGCGUCGUCCAUUGCCGUUACACCACGAAGAACCUUUUGAGAGUAGUUGGAAUACAAACAACCCCAGACUCCAGCUGGAACUUGCGCCUUCACCGUCCUCCCCCCAGAUUGAACAGCUGCAUAGGAGGUCGACAGACAUUGUACCUCCACCACUCCAUCAACGAGUCUCUGAUUCACAUCCUCGAAGACCGUUGUUUGGUGAAUUGUUGACCUUGAAUACACAGCUGGAUAACUCGGGAUUGGCGAUUCCGGCACAUUUAAGACGCCGAGGCUCUGACGGGAGCAUAGCCAGUCCAAACCCGGCCUUUUUAGACCUGGGAAAUCCAGCUACUCCCUUUCGAACACCACUCACUCCGACGGCGUGGUACCUCGGGCACGCCAAUUCUCUCGAGGCGGUACAGCCAGGUGUGAACAGGAGUAUUGUUCACCGCAGAUCUCGCAGUGACUUUGCGAGCCCUAGCGAAUCCCUUGCCGAUCCGUGGAAUCCCGACAUGGCGGUCUCAGUUCCCUUGCAGCAAGGGAAACCCGGUGACGGGUCUCCCACCAGCCCGAAUUCCAGAUCCCGCAUUCCGAUCUCCUCGCACCGCCGCAACUCUGGUUCCGGCUCGGAGCCUCAGUCACCAACCGCCAAUCUUACUUUUAGCGGCCGAUCCAGUACGAUUCCAUUGGCGCCGAAGGGGACGAGCCGCCUUCCUAAACCGUCAAGUCCAACUCGUGUCACAGAAGAUGCUGCCCCUUCAUUUGCAAUGACAGCUCGUGGGCGCCGCGAUGUGGCCAGUGGCCGAACCCGUCACUCAGUAUCCGAUCGAAGUCAGCUUCUCCAGGCUUACGUAUCCGCUCCUCCUCCAAAGAAAUCACCACCCUUGCGAAGCUCAAGACCUCGACAGACAGUUUCCGUUGCUGGACCGCCGGGAGGAUCGACACCACGAUCGCCAGAUAUUGGGAGAAGGCUAUCAUCUUUGCAAAAAGUAGCCGAUCGCAAUACUGAUCGCAGCCACCGCCGACCUCGUCAAUUGCCUGAGCUGAGCAACGUGGAUUUGGAAACUCGUCGACAACGUAUCCAGCAAGCGUUCAAUCGAACUGUUCAAGAGAAUGAACGAAAAGAGGAGGAGGCAGCUGAGCUUCGACGUCGGACACGCGUGGACUUAGUAGCACCCGAGGGUCUCCCCGAGGACGAGGACGACGACGAGGAUCAAACCGAAACACCAAGCACAACAACCAACCAUAUUCCAUUACCAUCAGAAAUGGCUACCACCGUUGCGACAUUGACAGAAGUGCCCGUUGUGGACGGCAAGGAGCCUCGUACCGUACCCCAACUCCAUUUGAAUACCGAUGUAUUUUCAGAGAAUAACCCUCACACCACAAUGGAUUCCCCAACGCUCGGACUCCCAAAUGGUGCCAGCCCGCGAACCUUGUCAAAUGGUGUGGAAGGAUUGAGGGUACCCGACAGUCCUGCGCCAAAUUCGGCGAGCUCUGAUCAUACGCAUUUCGAUCUGGAGCCGCAGACUCAUAUAAUCACUCGAAAGCCUAGUGCAGCUGAAGCCCACCGCAGUUUGUUAACCCAAAUUAUGCAGAUCCGGGAAUCAAGUUCCAGCAGUGAAGACGAGUGCGAUGAACAAGACUGUAGCUUAUCUGAGACCGAAGAAGACGACAAGGACUCUGUCCAAGUUAUGAUACGUGGGCAAACCUAUUUCCGGACGUCAAGCAGUGUCAAUGCCGAAGAAGCCCAAACAGCUUUAAGACACGCACAGCCUGUCGCCGGAAACCCACCUGAUAAUAGAUGGAGCAUGAGUUCCUGGUCGUCCUCUGUCCAUAACCAAGAGUCUUCCAAUGACGAUCAAUGCGAUGAAGAGGACAGUGGAGAUGAUUUGAUACUACAAAGACCCACUCCCUCCAAGGAGGAAACACCGAGCGAGUCUUGUUCAGCAGUUUCAACGCGACCGGCAUCCUUUGCAGAUGAUGAGCAUGAAGGUGGCCCUGUCCAGGAUCUGGGAGUGACAGGACCAUCAACCAUGGAAACGGCGCAGUUCAACGCUGCCAGCUUCUUUGCUACGCCCCCAAGCCUGGCAAAGAAAGGAAAAUGGGACUCACGUCGGGCGACUCAGCUAUAUCUCGAGCAACUGACCCAAGGCAGGACAGCUGAUCUUGGUCUUGCCGCGACUAUGGCUAGUCCUAGGUACCCACCGGUGCGCCCAUCGCCUGGUCCAUCCUCAAUGCCACGGGGGCCGGCUACUCUGCGUCCGCCAGAGCAUAUUCCUCGACCAAUGGAAAGUCGACGUCAGGAUAUGCGGGUCCCCUCCAUGUUGGUGGAGGACCCAGAAGAGAGCCUGGCAGAUGAGCCGGUCGUGGUGCCUAGAAUACAAGAUCCUCGAGUGAAUGCCAUUCGCCAGUCAAAUGCUGCCAGUUUGGUUGGUCCCGAUGACUGGGAAGAUGCCUCACCAUCCAUCAUGGACUGGAUGUCAGUUGCUGCUGAGGAUGGAGGACUGACACCGGCUCAAGAAAGAACGGAUUUCAUAAACGAGGGCCUCGGCUUAUCUGGCACACAAACCUCACCUCAACCUCAAGCCACACCACAUGAUCCGCUCACAGCAACGAAUAAUGCUCACAUUCAACCUCAGCUCAUGCAACAAGAUCAACAUCUUGCAUCUAGCGAGAGGGAGAGCAGCGAAGAUUCCACACUGCGGCAUACUCCUGACUAUGGCCAAUCUGAGAAAGCAGCAAAUUCUUCUGUCACCUCUCUAACUCCGUCCGCUGAGCACCCGCCAAAACCAUCGCCCUCGCCAGAGCAGCGCCGUUUGAAGCAAAGACGCCACGUCAUCAAAGAACUUGUCGACACCGAGUAUACUUUUACUCGUGACAUGAGAGUCGUGGAAGAUAUCUACAAGGGGACCUCGGGAUCCUGCCUAGAUCUCUCUCCUGAAGACGUGAGAACUCUCUUUGGAAACUCUGCCGAGAUUGUCCAAUUCUCGCAGAGCUUCCAGGAUUCACUUAAGCAAGCUUCGAGAAGUGUCUACGUUAUGCCAAAGUCCCAGCGUUGGAGCAGCAAACGUGGUAAUAACCGUCCCGCUGCCCCAGCCGAUGACGAAGAACAGGCCACAUCAGGUGCUGGUAUUUCAGAUCAGGACAAGGAUUGUGCCACUCUCAUUGGCGAGGCGUUUGUCGUGCACAUUCCUCAGAUGGAAAAGGUGUAUGCUGAGUACCUGAAGAACUAUGAAGCUGCCACCCAAAAGCUUCAAACUCUGCAGCGAAACCCGAAGGUGGAGAUUUGGCUGAAGGAAUGUCGAGAUUGGGCGGCGGAUCUGACCACGGCCUGGAACUUGGAUGCGUUGCUCAUCAAGCCUAUGCAGCGAUUCCUCAAGUAUCCUCUUCUUCUAAGUCAAUUGCUAGAUGCAACUCUAGAUGACCACCCGGAUUACAUCCAGCUCGUGAAUGCUCGGACGGAACUGACCGCAAUUUCUGUCCGGAUCAACGAUAUGAAAAAGCGUGCCGAUGUCGUGGGAAAGGUUGUUGGCCGGAAGCGCAACCAGUCUGACGUGCGAGCUGGUCUGUCGAAAGCCUUCGGGCGUCGUACAGAAAAGUUUCGCCAGCAGGUUGGAGUGUCCGAGGUGUUUGAGGACAAAGACUAUGAUCUUCUGUACCAGAACUUUGGCAGCGCAUUCUUCCACUUGCAAUUGGUUAUGCGCGAUGUUCAGAACUACACUCUCGAAACCUCAACCUACAUGCGCCAACUUAAUGAGUUCAUUCUUUCCAUCGAAGCCGUGAUGAAUGUAACGCCAUCUAACUACCCCGAGCUGGAGAGCAAGUGGCGCCAAUUCAAAGCUGCGAUGAAGGACUGCACGGUUGUGCUGUUACCUGAACAUCUUUCGACUGUUUCUGAUACUAUCAUUCAGCCAAUGGUCAUUCUGCUCAAGCUUCAUGAAGGGCCUCAGCGACUAAUGAAGAAACGUGAGAAGCGUUUGCUUGAUUAUACUCGCUACAAGGCUCUUCAGGCUCGUGGUGAUAAACCUGACAAGAAAACUAUUGAGCAGGGUGAGCAGUUCAUUGCGCUGAAUGAUACAUUGAAGGAGGAACUUCCCAAGCUCUACGAUCUAACUUCAAAGUUGAUGGAAGCUUGUCUUAUGCGUCUUGCUCAAUCACAGACAACCUGGUGGGGCUUGAUGCAGAAGAAAAUCCAGCCUCACGUGGAUAUCUUCCCAGACGGCUUCAAGGAUGUGAUUCCAGAAUGGACUAGUGACUGGACAUUUGCUGAAGCCCAGCUUUAUUCCCUCGGCAUUUGCAAUGGGUCCUUCCGCGCUGAAUCUUCCAAUAUGACCAACUUCAAUACGCCGCAGCAAGGAGGCGGGGUUAGCUCUCCUCGUCAGGCUUCCAUUAGUUCAGCUCGCCGAACCUCCACCGCCAACAGCUCUACCCACAGAAAGUCUAUUGCAGAAGACUCACCGAAGGUUUCACAAGAUUUUGGCGGUGUCAGUGUGCUCUUCCAAUCACCUCGUGUGGAUAGUUCAUCUACCGCCAGCCGUCACCGAUCCGGGUCAACCUUUUCUGGACGCGGACCUCUUGAUUCUCCGAACACCUCGCGUAACUUACAACAUGCGACCGAGGCUCAACCUCAACCUCAACCCCAUAAUCAACCUCCUCCGUCAUCCAGUUCAAGUGCCGCUGGGGCUCAGCAACCAAACAGCGUAGAGUCGUUCCCUAAUCUGCUGCCAGCGCUCAGCAUAGAAGGCCCUUUUCUUGCUGAUAUCCUUAAAGCCACGGGCAAUGAUUCAUCAGUGAACUCGUCAAGAUACUCGGGGUUCUUUUCAUCCGCAAUGCCCAUGUCUGACAAUCCAAACGAAUCCGAAUCACCUCGGGAAUUCGAUACACAUGGUAGAGAGCCACAGGCGCUAUUCACCGCUGCGAGUCUAUACGAGUUCAACAUUGAUCGAGCCCGGCGCGAGGCAGGAUACCCUUAUUUGACCUAUGUUGCUGGAGAGAUCUUUGACAUCAUCGGAGAGAAAGGAGAGCUGUGGCUUGCUCGCAAUCAAGACGACUCGACCCAUCAAAUUGGAUGGAUUUGGAACAAGCACUUCGCCAAGCUGUCGACAUAA